UUCAGCGCCAUCAACAUUCGAUGAUUGGUCGAGCGUUUGGGGGAUGACUGCUGAUUGGUUGACGUGCGCGCUGCUUCGCCGGUUUGAAUUGAUUUGUGCAUUAUCGCGUGUAACCGAAAUUUUAACUGCCGCCCAUUCUUACGCUGAAAAAAGUAACGCUAUACAAAAGUCGCCUGCUCUCUACUCUCGUCGGCUUUUUCUAUAUUACUCACUGGCAUUACAAAAAUUUGCGUACAAAAAGAGAAAAACUGUAUUACAAAGCUGUUAGACGUGCAAAAUGUGUUUACGUUGUUCAUAGUGUUUUGUCCUUAAGAUCGAAAAAUUCCUUCUAUCAUCUUACGCAAACCUUUUGAUGUGCGUCUGUGACAACGCAAGAAAUAGUAAAUAAAUCCUUACAUCAAAAACAAGAUGGAAUCACGCUUGCCCAAGCCAAAAGUUCAAAUUGGAAAAAAAGCAAACGAAACGACAGAAAUCAACUCAGAUACAUCGACAAUGAGUAGUUUAUCAAAUACUCUCGGGAGGCCUCUUCCGACAGUAUCAAACACUGGUCCGAAGGUUAUUAGUAAGUCGAAAAGCACGCUGAAUUUACACAUGAAAUCAUCAAACGAAAAUAAACCACCAGCAAAGCCAGUGCUGGUUCGGUCUCAGACAAGCGUUGCAAUAGCAAGAAAUGGCCCCGCCAAAGCUGUGAAACGUUUGGGGGCAGGAACAAGCGCGAUAGAAACCAAAAGGGCAAAUUUGAGGUCAACUAUAAAAACCACAGUGGCUCAAAGACCCGGCAAAGUCGGAGGGCAAGGAACAGUCGGAGCAGGAAAAGCGACUGGAGCUGCAGCAGGGGGUGUAAAGACAGGGCCAAAACCUGGCAAAUGGGAUUUCAAAGGGCGUUUGGAUUUAGCCAAUGUCGAAUUAGCAAACUUGAAAGAGCAGCAUAAACAAUGUUCCCAUCUGGAGUCUCAGGUUAACGAACUUCGUUCAAAAGAAGCGAGUAUGAUCACUAAACUUGAAGAAUUGGGGAACGAAAAAAACAAAUUGAAGGAAGAGCUCGAAACAACUAAGGAGAAUUACACAGAAAUGUUGAGAGUCCAAGAAAGCAUAAAGUCGAAACUACAGGAGACGGAAACGUCUUUCAAUCGAUUGGCUGAACUACUGAGUCAAAGCGAGAAAGUCUGCGAAUCUCAAAAACAGAUAAUCACUGCAAACACUGAAAAAGUUGAAAACUUAGAGAAGGAUUUGAAAGAAUAUAAGCAAGCAAAGAUUGAACUGAGCGAAAAAGUAAAAAAUCUUCAAUCUUUGGUUCACGAGAUGGACAGAGAUAGAAGAUACUUGCAUAACGCAAUACAAGAAUUGAAAGGCAAUAUAAGAGUCUUUUGUCGAGUAAGACCACGGAUUCCAAAAGAAUCUGCAAAAAUGUUGUGCUCCAUUAAUUUCCUCGAUGAAUCAACGAUGGAAAUAGCACGUGCUGAGUAUUCGGACUCUUCGAUAUCCGGCAGCAAGAACAGAGGAUCUAAACAAGAGUUUUCGUUCGACAAAGUAUUUCCACCAACAGCCACACAGGCUCAAGUAUUCGAAGAGUUGUCGAUGCUCGUACAAUCUGCUCUGGAAGGAUACAACGUAUGUGUUUUUGCUUACGGCCAGACUGGUUCUGGCAAAACGUUUACAAUGGAGGGGGGUGAGAGCACCGAAACCGAGGGCAUGAUACCAAGGACCGUGAGACACAUUUUCGAAGAGAUGAAACAGUUCGAACUACUCGGUUGGGAGUACAAAAUCGAGGCGAGCUUCCUGGAAAUUUACAACGAGCAUAUCGUCGAUCUUUUGGACUCUCAGCAAAAAAAUCACGAGAUAAGAAUGGCGGACAGCAAGGGCCACGAUCUGUACGUAACGAAUCUCCAAGUAGCAGAAAUAAACAGUCCUGAAGAAUUGCACGUUUGUCUACGAACCGCUCAACAGAAUCGAGCAGUUGCCGCGACUUUUGCCAACGAAAGAUCAUCGAGAUCGCACUCCGUAGCGAGGAUACGUCUCAUCGGGAUACAUGCCGAAAAGGACGAGCAAUCAAUCGGCAAUCUCAAUCUCGUUGACUUGGCCGGUUCUGAACGUCUCAAGGGCGAGGAAGCUGCGAGAACCGCCGAGACGAAAAACAUCAAUAAAUCUCUCGCCAAUUUAGGCAACGUCAUCCUUGCUCUUCUCAAAAAACAAGAUCACAUACCCUACAGAAAUUCAAAGCUAACGCAUCUUCUAAUGCCCUCACUCGGCGGCAACUCGAAAACUCUCAUGUUGCUCAACGUCUCACCACUUGAUGAAUGUUUCAACGAGACUCUCAACUCCUUACGAUUCGCUAGUAACGUCAACAGUUGCAAAACCGGCAAUAUUAAAAGAUCACGAACGGUCAUCAAUAAUACCUAUUAAUAUUGCUUAACUUACUGAAAUUACUAUCGAACUCACUGAAAACGUGUUUUAUUAUACAACGUAAAUAUUUUUUGGAGCCCACGAAGUUCAGUACAAAAACUCCUGCUACUUUAAUUCAUUUUUCUCUUUGUUGCACCACAGGCUGAGCAUUUAGACAUAAAUACCAAAGGAAUGCAUUUUGCCAAAAUUGGACGACAAUUUUAUUUCGUUUUUUUAAAUCUUUUCUCAUAAAUGUAUUCAGAAAGAAUUCAAGAUUCAUCGUAAUGAAUGAAUGGGGGUCAAUUAAUCCAAUGCGCUUCCUUUUCUAUUUUAUUACGUAGCAUUUUUAUUUUUUUAAAGCACAACUCGUAUAGUCAGGGAUUUUAAUGCCCUGAAUCGAUUUUACAAGGCGCAUUGAUAAGGAAUGAAAGGAAAAAUUCUAAAGAUGCCUGAUACUGGGCGUUUUUAACAAUGUGUCGAAAGCAGACGCGGUAGAAUAGCAUUGAAAAAUUUUUUUGUAUAUAUUUCCAAAUGUCUCGGUACCGAGCUCGUAUUUUUUCAAUAAAUAGACUUAAAUAAAUACGACAAUAUAAAAUUAAGUUUUCGACAUGUAUACCGAGCUGUACUUGUUCCCACAAAUAAAAGUAACACCGUUUUAUAAUUGAA